CUUUUAUUUUGGUUUGACGCCAUGACGUCAUAAGGCUGCGCCGCGCGUCUGUGAUUCGGCUGAAGAGAGAGUGUCCACACACACAGAAGCAUGGCGGUUAUUAAAGAGGAGACGGAAGACUUCAGGAUUGAAGAAGUGUUCAGUCUCAAACCAGAAGACUUCGAGGAACUAACAGCAUUAGACCUGACAGCAAUUAAAGAGGAGAAUGAAGUGCUGACUGAAAUGGAAGAGAAAGAUCAGUAUGAGAACCAUCAUGAUUUUAUAACUGAAGAAAAAUCUUUCAAUUGCUCACAGACUAAAAAGGCUUCCUCACAAAAAAGAGUUAAAGCGAUAGGAACUAGAAGUUGUUUAACCUGCUUUCAGUGUGGAAAGCUUUUCACUCAACAUGGAAACCUUAAAGCCCACAUGAAAAUUCACAAAGGAGAGAAGCCUUUCACCUGCCAACAGUGUGGAAAGAGCUUUUAUCUACAAGGAAGCCUCAAGGUCCACAUGAGAAUUCACAAAGGAGAGAAGCCUUACACAUGUCCUCAGUGUGGAAAGUGUUUUGAUCAGCAUGGAAAUCUUAAAAUCCACAUGAACAUUCAUUCAGGAGAAAACCCUUUUACUUGCCAACAGUGUCGAAAAAGUUUCAAUCAAAAAACAAACCUUAUCAGGCACAUGAGAAUUCACACUGGAGAGAAGCCUUACUCAUGCCCUCAGUGUGGAAAGGCUUUUCAUCAGCAUGGAAACCUUAAUGUCCACAUGAAAAUUCAUACAGGAGAAAACCCUUUUAUUUGCCAACAGUGUGGAAAAAGUUUCAACCGAAAAGGAAACCUUAAAUACCAUAUGAGAAUUCACACUAGGGAAAAGCCUUACACAUGCCAUCAGUGCGGAAAGAGUUUUAAUCAAAAUGAAAAGCUUGAAGUACACAUGAGAAUUCACACUGGAGAAAGACCUUUCCCCUGCCUUCAGUGUGGAAAACGUUUCAAUCAAAAAACAAACCUUAACAGGCAUAUGAGAAUACACACUGGAGAGAAGCCUUACACAUGCCUUCAGUGUGGAAAGAGUUUUCAUCAACAUGUAAACCUUAAAGUCCACAUGAGAAUUCACACUCGAGAAAAACCUUAUUCAUGCCUGCAGUGUGGAAAAAGUUUUGAUCAACAGGGAAACCUUAACGUCCACAUGAAGAUUCAUACAGGACAAAACCCUUUUACCUGUCAACAGUGUGGAAAAAGUUUCAACCGAGAAGGAAACCUUAAGUACCACAUGAGAAUUCACACUGGAGAAAACCCUUUCACCAGCCAACAGUGUGGAUUAAAUCUCACUCAAAAAGGGAUUCACAAUAGGGACAUGAGAAUUCCCACUGGGGAGAAGCCUUACACUUGCCCCCAGUGUGGAAAGGGUUUUCAUCAUCAUGGAAACCUUAAAGUCCAUGUGAAAAUUCAUACAGGAGAAAGCCCUUUUACCUGCCAACAGUGUGGAAAAUGUUUCACUCUAACAGGAAGCCUUAACAGACACAUGAGAAUACACACUGGAGAGAAGCCUUACACAUGUCUUCAGUGUGGAAAGAGUUUUGAUCAAAAUGAAAAGCUUAAAGUCCACAUGAGAAUUCACACGCAAGAAAAACCUUAUUCAUGCCUGCAGUGUGGAAAAAGUUUUGAACAACAGGGAAACCUUAACGUCCACAUGAAAAUUCAUACAGGACAAAACCCUUUUACCUGUCAACAGUGUGGAAAAAGUUUCAACCGAGAAGGAAACCUUAAGUACCACAUGAGAAUUCCCACUGGAGAGAAGCCUUACACAUGCCCUCAGUGUGGAAAGAGCUUCAAUAAAAAAACAAACCUUAACAGGCAUAUGAGAAUACUCACUGGAGAGAAGCCUUACACAUGCCCUCAGUGUGGAAAGAGCUUCAAUAAAAAAACAAACCUUAACAGGCAUAUGAGAAUACUCACUGGAGAGAAGCCUUACACAUGCCCUCAGUGUGGAAAGAGCUUCAAUAAAAAAACAAACCUUAACAGGCAUAUGAGAAUACUCACUGGAGAGAAGCCUUACACAUGCCCUCAGUGUGGAAAGAGCUUCAAUAAAAAAACAAACCUUAACAGGCAUAUGAGAAUACUCACUGGAGAGAAGCCUUACACAUGCCCUCAGUGUGGAAAGAGCUUCAAUAAAAAAACAAACCUUAACAGGCAUAUGAGAAUACUCACUGGAGAGAAGCCUUACACAUGCCCUCAGUGUGGAAAGAGCUUCAAUAAAAAAACAAACCUUAACAGGCAUAUGAGAAUACUCACUGGAGAGAAGCCUUACACAUGCCCUCAGUGUGGAAAGAGCUUCAAUAAAAAAACAAACCUUAACAGGCAUAUGAGAAUACUCACUGGAGAGAAGCCUUACACAUGCCCUCAGUGUGGAAAGAGCUUCAAUAAAAAAACAAACCUUAACAGGCAUAUGAGAAUACUCACUGGAGAGAAGCCUUACACAUGCCCUCAGUGUGGAAAGAGCUUCAAUAAAAAAACAAACCUUAACAGGCAUAUGAGAAUACUCACUGGAGAGAAGCCUUACACAUGCCCUCAGUGUGGAAAGAGCUUCAAUAAAAAAACAAACCUUAACAGGCAUAUGAGAAUACUCACUGGAGAGAAGCCUUACACAUGCCCUCAGUGUGGAAAGAGCUUCAAUAAAAAAACAAACCUUAACAGGCAUAUGAGAAUACUCACUGGAGAGAAGCCUUACACAUGCCCUCAGUGUGGAAAGAGCUUCAAUAAAAAAACAAACCUUAACAGGCAUAUGAGAAUACUCACUGGAGAGAAGCCUUACACAUGCCCUCAGUGUGGAAAGAGCUUCAAUAAAAAAACAAACCUUAACAGGCAUAUGAGAAUACUCACUGGAGAGAAGCCUUACACAUGCCCUCAGUGUGGAAAGAGUUUUCAUCAACAUGUAAACCUUAAAGUCCACAUGAGAAUUCACACUGGAGAAAAACCUUUCACCAACCAACAGUGUGGAGUAAGUCUCACUCAAAAAGGGAUUCUCAAUAGGGACAUGAAAAUUCCCACUGGGGAGAAGCCUUACACAUGCCCUCAGUGUGGAAAGAGCUUCAAUAAAAAAACAAACCUUAACACGCAUAUGAGAAUUCACACUGGAGAAAAACCUUUCACCAGCCAACAGGGUGGAGUAAGUCUCACUCAAAAAGGGAUUCUCAAUAGGGACAUGAAAAUUCACACCGGAGAGAAGCCUUACACAUGCCCUCAGUGUGGAAAGGAUUUUCAUCAGCAUGGAAACCUUGAAGUCCACAUGAAAAUUCAUACAGGUGAAAGCCCUUUUACCUGCCAACAGUGUGGAAAACAUUUCAACCGAAAAGUAAACCUUAAUUGUCACAUGAGAGUACACACUGGAGAAAGCCCUUUCACUUGCCAGCAGUGUGGAAAAUGUUUCACUCAAAAAGGAAGCCUUAACAGGCACAUGAGAAUACACACUGGAGAGAAGCCUUACACAUGCCCUCAGUGUGGAGUAAGUUUCACUCAAAAAGCGGUUCUCAAUAGGCACAUGAGAAAUCAUAUUAGGGGAAAGUCUUACACAUGCCAUCAGUGCGGAAAGAGUUUUGAUCAAAAUGAAAAGCUUGAAGUACACAUGAGAAUUCACACUGGAGAAAGACCUUUCCCCUGCCUUCAGUGUGGAAAACGUUUCAAUCAAAAAACAAACCUUAACAGGCAUAUGAGAAUUCACACUGGAGAGAAGCCAUACACAUGCCUUCAGUGUGGAAAGAGUUUUCAUCAGCAUGGAAACCUUAAAGUCCACAUGAAAAUUCACACUCGAGAAUUACCUUAUUCAUGCCUGCAGUGUGGAAAAAGUUUUGAUCAACAGGGAAACCUUAACGUCCACAUGAAAAUUCAUACAGGACAAAACCCUUUUACCUGUCAACAGUGUGGAAAAAGUUUCAACCGAGAAGGAAACCUUAAGUACCACAUGAGAAUUCACACUGGAGAAAAACCUUUCACCAGUCAACAGUGUGGAGUAAGUCUCACUCAAAAAGGGAUUCUCAAUAGGGACAUGAAAAUUCACACUGGGGAGAAGCCUUACACAUGCCCUCAGUGUGGAAAGGGUUUUCAUCAGCAUGGAAACCUUAAAGUCCACAUGAAAAUUCAUUCAGGAGAAAGCCCUUUCACUUGCCAGCAGUGUGGAAAAUGUUUCACUCAAAAAGGAAGCCUUAACAGGCACAUGAGAAUACACACUGGAGAGAAGCCUUACUCAUGCCCUCAGUGUAGAGUAAGUUUCACGCAAAAAGUGGUUCUCAAUAGGCACAUGAGAAAUCAUACUAGGGAAAAGCCUUACACAUGCCAUCAGUGCGGAAAGAGUUUUGAUCAAAAUGAAAAGCUUGAAGUACACAUGAGAAUUCACACUGAAGAAAGACCUUUCCCCUGCCUUCAGUGUGGAAAACGUUUCAAUCAAAAAACAAACCUUAACAGGCAUAUGAGAAUACACACUGGAGAGAAGCCAUACACAUGCCUUCAGUGUGGAAAGAGUUUUCAUCAACAUGUAAACCUUAAAGUCCACAUGAGAAUUCACACGCGAGAAAAACCUUAUUCAUGCCUGCAGUGUGGAAAAAGUUUUGAUCAACAGGGAAACCUUAACGUCCACAUGAAAAUUCAUACAGGACAAAACCCUUUUACCUGUCAACAGUGUGGAAAACAUUUCAAAAGUAAAGGAAACCUUGAUUACCACAUGAGAACUCACACUGGAGAAAGACCUUUCCCCUGCCUUCAGUGUGGAAAACGUUUCACUCAAAAAACAAACCUUAACAGGCAUAUGAGAAUUCACACUGGAGAGAAGCCUUACACGUGCCCUCAGUGUGGAAAGAGUUUUCAUCAACAUGGAAACCUUAACGUCCACAUGAAAAUUCAUACAGGACAAAACCCUUUUACCUGUCAACAGUGUGGAAAAAGUUUCAACCGAGAAGGAAACCUUAAGUACCACAUGAGAAUUCACACUGGAGAAAACCCUUUCACCAACCAACAGUGUGGAGUAAGUCUCACUCAAAAAGGGAUUCACAAUAGGGACAUGAGAAUUCCCACUGGGGAGAAGCCUUACACAUGCCCCCAGUGUGGAAAGGGUUUUCAUCAUCAUGGAAACCUUAAAGUCCAUGUGAAAAUUCAUACAGGAGAAAGCCCUUUUACCUGCCAUCAAUGUGGAAAAAGUUUUAACCGAAAAGGAAACCUUAAUGACCACAUGAGAGUACACACUGGAGAAAGCCCUUUCACUUGCCAGCAGUGUGGAAAGAGUUUCACUCAAAAAGGAAGCCUUAACAGGCACAUGAGAGCCCACACUGGAGGGGAAGUCCUACAUAUGCCCUAAGUGUGGAAAGUGUUUCAUUCAGCAUGGAAACCUUAAAGUCCACAUGAGAAUACACAUUUGAGAAAAGCUGUAAAUAUCCCCUCAGUGUGGAAAGAGUUUUGAUCAACAUGGAAACCUUAAAGUCCAUGUGAGAGUUCAUACUGGAGAGCCAUUUUAACUGUCAACAGUGUGGAAAAAGUUUUAACCGAAAAGGAAAUCUUAAUUACCACAUGAGAAUUCAAACUGGAGAGAAGCCUUUUACCUGCCAACAGUGU